GUCGCCAAACAUGUUCCCCCACGACCUGGAAACCGGAAGUGGGGAGGUUUCGAUCCUCCUUAAUAGGAGACCCCCAUUUGCUUGAAGGGAGGAUGUGAUUGGAAGGUUUUGGAGGCUGGAGAAGGAGGAAGGUUGAAGUGGUUGUGCAAAUAAUUUAAAAUGGCUUCAAGAGGAACGAUUGAAACCAGUAAGUUGAAACAGAACUUGGAAGAGCAGCUGGAUAGAUUAAUGCAGCAAUUGCAAGAUCUGGAGGAGUGCCGAGAUGACCUGGAUGCAGAUGAGUAUGAAGAAACCAAGAAGGAAACCCUGGAGCAGCUGAGGGAGUUCAAUGACUCCUUGAAGAAGAUUAUGUCUGGAAAUAUGACCCUGGUAGAUGAACUCAGUGGGAUGCAGUUGGCCAUACAAGCAGCCAUCAGCCAGGCUUUUAAAACCCCAGAAGUCAUCAGGAUGUUUGCCAAAAAACAGCCUGGGCAGUUGCGGACAAGGUUGGCUGAGAUGGACAGAGAUUUGAUGGUUGGGAAGCUCGGACGGGACCUUUACACCCAGCAGAAAGUUGAAAUCCUCACUGCUCUCCGUAAGCUUGGGGAGAAGCUGACUCUAGAUGAUGAGACCUUCCUAUCAACAAAUGCCGGAGCUGCCCUUAGCCAAUUUGAGAGGGUCUCCAGUGACCUUGGAUCAGGGGACAAGGUCUUCGCUCUGGCAAGUUUUGAGGUAGAAAAAUCCAAGCAAUGAAGGCUUUUUUCCCUGUUUGCGGGCUACUUCUCUCUGCCAUGAGAAGCUAUAUUGGCCUCACCUUUUUAAAAAAGAAAAGCUAAGUUGUAUGUAUGUGUUUCUUAUGGACUUUUUAUAUAUAUAUAUAUAACAUACUUUCUCAUAACAGCAAGCUAACUGAAAGCAACAAGUUUUUCAAGUACCUUUCAGAAGCUCAACAAAGUAAGACUCUGAGGCUGAAACACUAAGUGGUACUUUUGGAACAAAAAGAAACAAACCUAAUGUAACUGUGAUUGUCAUUUUCUUUUUGAACACAGGCAAAUGGGGACAAGUCUUCUCCCCCACUUUGCCUUUGAAAUGUGCGUUUUUCUAGUAAAAUGUCCUCUCUUUC